AAAGGAGAAGCAUGUUUAUAACUUAAAAUUGUUUGGCUUAUAGGAAAGACAUUUUUUUCUAGGUUUUCAUGCAAUGGAUUCAAAAGAUGAACCACAGAAGAUUGAAAAUAAUGCACAUCCUGCGGAUCAGCCUAAAAACUGCUAUAGAAUUAUUCUAACUGAUGAAGAUGAAAAUGAUCUGACGAUUGAAGAAUCCGAUGAGGAAAAGCAAGUCAAUUCUCCUGAAACAAUCAAUGAGGAACCUGGAUGUAGUCACUAUAAAGUUUUUAUGGGUAACAACCAAGAUGUAGAAGUUAAAAAGUAUGACAAAGGGAAAAAGAAAAUUCGGCGUGGUAAAAGAAAACGAGCUAGUGAAGCAGAUAACAUCUAUGAUGUCGAAAAUGAUGUCACGGUGGUCAAAAUAAAAGAGAAAGAAUAUGAAAAUACAGAUAGCGAGCAAGUAAACGGUCGCAAAAAGAAACGUUCUUCAUUUAAUUGCCAUCAUUGCAGUUAUAUAUCUUCAUGGAAGACCAAUCUAGAAAAACAUAUGAUGGCUCAGCAUACAGGAGAAAGGCCAUUUAAAUGUCCUUACUGUGAAUAUGCCUCUGUUCAUCAGUUUCAGCUGGAGAAGCACUUCAACAACAGGCAUCCAGGUGGUAUACUAUCCUGCACCCAGUGUACCUACUCCACUGAUCUGGUCGAUGCCUUCUUCAAGCAUACCCUUGGCUCACAUCCAACUGAAAAGCCUCACAAGUGUCCAGAGUGCGGGCGCAGGUCUAUCACACUCUCUGCCCUCGAACUGCACAUUCUUGACAAACAUAAACUCCGGCGCCAACACAAGUGCCCUCAUUGCAAUUACAGUACCGUUUUGUCUGAGAACCUCAAAAAUCAUGUUGAAGCUCUUCAUAAAUGCUCAGAUUGUGAUUUCAGGUCGGACAGUUUGAGGGAGGUAAGGAGGCAUAAAAAGAUUGAGCAUAGGAUGUCUACAAAGUGUGACAAGUGCGAUCACAUUGCCAAAGGGCCACAAUACCUGAAGCGACAUGUUGCAGCAAAACAUAGCCUCAUGCCACAAGAAACAUCUGAAAACAAUCAUAUCCCUGUUUCUCCUCCUAAAUUUAGGAAAAAAUUUCACAUUUUGAAUCCUCCUCCUCCACCCACACUUAACAUCGAAGUUAGUGAACCACCUUUACAAGAAGAAUCUGAAAAUUAUAUUCAAAAAAAUUCUACAAAAGCUAAAAAAAAGUUCUCCAUUUUUAAUCAGUCAAAUUCGACAAGCUCAUUAGAUGAAACAUCAGUUACCACUUUGACUAGUAGUUCUUUUUAGUCCAUUAUGUCUUUAUACUGUUGUAAUAAUUGACGUAAUGUUUAUUGAUUAAGUUGAGCUUUAUUGAUAUUUGUGAAUCUUGUUUUGGAAACGUUCAUUUUAUUCUAAUGUUUUGAUACAUGUUUUCUCUCCG